AUGGAUGAUGGAUCUCUUCAUCCAAACUCCCUUUCCCUACCCACAACUCCACAUACAUAAAAACAUGCACAAAGUACAACCUAACAAAGUACAACAAUCCUGCACCCAUCAACUAUCUCUCUGGUAAAACGAAAAAAACCACAUACUCAAACUAGAAAUAAAUAUCAACUUUGAUUAUUUAAUCUUUAGAUGCACACUUCUCACCAUCCAAAAUAUUGCUUCAAUCCAACUCAUUGCAUUCUUCCCAAAUUUCCAAAACUCACCAAACCCAUUCAAGAUUCCACUCUUCCCUUCAAACCCAAGUCAUAAUAUCAAAAAACUUGUAGAAAAAAACAAAUCUUUUUGGUAAAAAAAAUGACAGAAAUAGAAAUAGUUCAAUCACCACUUCACAUAUCUAUAGGUGAAAAUGAUGGUGUAUACCAACAAAGCAAUGAUCAUUAUUAUUAUCCUUCAUCUUCUUUUAUUAACAACACUUGUUCUAGUUCAGUAGAAGAGAGAGAGAGAAGAAAGAGGAGAGAGAGAGAGGAAGGUGAGGAGGAGAGAGAGGUGUCAUUGUUGGCUGUUGUGGUGACUGUUGUUAGGAGAUCACUUGUGGGAUCUUGUAAUAGUGUGAAGUUGUUUCAAGAGUUUGGUAGUUGUGAUAGUAAGAUGGAGAUUGGUGUGCCCACUGAUGUUAGGCAUGUUGCUCAUGUUACUUUUGAUAGGUUUAAUGGCUUCCUUGGUUUGCCUGUUGAGUUUGAACCUGAGCUUCCUAGAAGACCUCCCAGUGCCAGUACAAGUGUUUUUGGAGUUUCAACCGAAUCUAUGCAGCUCUCAUUCGACUCUAGAGGAAACGUCGUCCCCACAAUCCUUUUAAUGAUGCAGAGUCGCUUGUACGCUCAAGGAGGCCUUCAGGCCGAAGGUAUCUUUAGAAUCAAUGGUGAUAACGGACAAGAAGAGCAAAUAAGGGAACAAUUGAAUAGAGGAGAGGUGCCCGAAAACAUAGAUGUACACAGCUUAGCAGGUCUAAUUAAGGCUUGGUUUAGGGAACUUCCGAACGGUGUACUGGACUCGAUUGAGCCCGAGCGGGUGAUGCAAGCCCAGUCGGAAGAAGAGUGUGCUCGGCUCGUAAGUCUGCUGCCGCCAACUGAAGCUUCUCUGAUGAACUGGGCUGUGAAUCUAAUGGCUGAUGUUGCUCAACUUGAAAGCGUCAACAAGAUGAAUGCGCGUAAUAUUGCUAUGGUGUUUGCCCCCAACAUGACUCAGAUGGCGGACCCUUUGACCGCAUUGAUGUAUGCUGUUCAAGUUAUGAACUUUCUCAAGACUUUGAUCGUCAAGAUUCUACGUGAAAGAGAAGAUGUUAUAGUUGAGGCGGGACCCGCAUCACAGUUUGAUCAUUAUGAUGAGAACGGGCCCCACUGUUCGUUUCAAAGAACAACUAACGAGACCGAUGAAGUGAACAAGGAGGAUCAAGAUUUUUCAGUUAAAGAACCCACAUUGGAAAGCCAUGAAAAUAUCUGUCACAAUGAUUUGACUUCCGAAAGUCAAAGUCAAAGUCAAACUACUGUGUCUGAAGAAAAAAGUGGUGCUAGGGUGGUACAAGGUUCUAAGAGUAGAAACUCGCAGUCGAGCCACUCGAAUCAAAAGAAAGGGAGAAAAAGUGUGGAGAAGAGCAAAGGAAGCACGAUUGUUAGUCGCUUAAAUUCAAGAACCGAGAGGAUCGAAGCAUGGAGGUAAAGCAGCGGUUCACAGGUGAUGGUGAUGGUGAUGGUGGUGGUGGUGGUGGUGGGAUGGGUAUCUAUUUUAAGGGGAAAAAGUGAAACUUUAUGUAAUUUGGUUUGGACAUGUAAUUUGGUAUAUGCUAUGCAUACCAAUGGGUUGUUUGUUUAUGUUUAAUGUGCAUUUGGGGUUGAUCCUGUUAAUCUUU